AUGGGGAAGUCUGGCCAAUCCAGGGGCCCCUUGCACACCUGGGCCCCUAGGCCGCAGCCUAGCCUAGCCUGUGCGGUAAUCCGUGUCUGGUCAUUAUGGAGAUCACUGUCCUUCAGCCUCAACCCCCCCGCCUGCUUCCUUCUCCUCCAUCUGCUCCCCGUAGCGCUGAACUGCCGCGAGGGCGCCCUGCUGCUGCUGCUGGACUCCUCAGGCAGCGUCUCCUCCUACGAGUUCCAGCGCCUGCGGCUCUUCCUGGAGGAGCUGCUGCGCCCCUUCCCCCUGGGCCCCGGCCACGUGCAGGUGGGGCUGCUGCAGGUGGACACCCUGCCGCACCUGGGGUUCGGCCUGGGCGCGCACCGCUCCCAGCCGGAGCUGCGGGCGGCCCUGAUGCAGGCCCGGCAACUGCGGGGGGACACCAACACCGUCGCGGCCCUGGCCCUGGCCAAGGAUCUGCUCUCCAGCGCUAGGGGGGCAGGGGGGAUCCCUAGGGUGCUCCUGUGGCUGACGGACGGGGUGAGGCCCGGAGACGUGGACCAGUGGAUGUCGAGGCUGAAGGAUGACGGGGUGACCGUGCUGGCCCUGGCCACCGGACAGGGGGACUACCAGACCCUGCGGCGGGCGGUGUCCCCGCCCGUCGAGUCCCACCUCUACGUGGUGGACGUCGAUGACCUCCGCAUCGUGAUGGAGGAACUGAGGGAGGCCAUCAUUGAGAUCCUGUGUGCGGAGGGGCUCCGCGUGGUCCAUCUGACGGCCCGUAGCGCUGUGCUACAGUGGCGUCCGGUUCUGACCACGGACACAGGCUCCUACCACCUGCAGUGGCAGUGUGGGGGGGUGCCGGGGUCCGGCUCCAGCAGUGCCUCUGGGUGUGGCACUACUGCCGGGUGGCCCCAGGGUCGCAGCGUCUCCGGGGGCUCCAACAGGGCGGAGCUGAGCGACCUGCGCCCGGACGCCACCUACACAGCCUCCCUCACCCCCAUGUCGGCCCUUUACCAAGACCACUUCAGCACCCUGUCCGUCACCUUCACCACACUGCCUGAGUUAUUGGGUCCAUCUGUGGUCUCCGUGUUGGCCUAUGGCCCUCACCAGAUGAACGUCAGCUGGGGCCCUCUACAGCCCGGACACGUCCAGGGCUACAGGGUGGAGUACGCAGUGCUUCCCGGCGGACACGUAAGCACCGUGGAGGUGGAGGGCCACCGCAACUCCGCUGUGCUCGCUGGACUGGAGCCAGACACUCAGUAUCUGGUGACCGUCAGCGCUCUGCACACCACAGGCGGGGAGAGAGCCAUGUCUGUCAAGGCCUGCACUCAGGAAGUGCCUGCACCCCUCCCAGCCCUGGAGGAACUCCUGCUAACCCCCCUGGAUGGAGCCGGGGUCGAGGCCAGGUGGAGGGCCCCCUCCGGGCAGCCGGACAGCCUGAGGGGCUACUGGCUCAGCUGGGAGGCAGGGACCCCCGCGGGGGCCUGGACCUCCAUGUCGUACAUGCAGGUGGGCGCCGGGACCUUGUCGGCGCAGCUAGCUAACGUGGCCGGCGGCGGUUGCGCCCGCGUGUGUGUCUCCCCCGUCUACCGCUCGGGCCGCGGGGACGGACUGUGCUGCACCUCCGGGGGGUGAUUGGACCGGGGGGUCUGGGGACCGGAGCCCAGCCGCACACACACACACACACACACACACACACACACACACACACACACGCACACACACACACACACACAC